UCUCGUGGACGCCUACCGGUAUUGCCAGCGCGGCAGUGGCGGCUUUCUCGGUUCGGUCCAGCCGGUCUUGUAAGGUAGCUGAGACGGAGAAAGGGCGCGGAACUGGAAAAGGGUGAGUCAGGCACUGUCUACGCGAUAAAGGGAGGCGGCACCGCGGCGUAGAGCUGAGUUAAGUAAGUGCGGCCCCUGCUUAUUCAGGGACGCCGCGAUCUAGCGCCAGCGAGAAGAGGGCGAGGAGGAGCCAGAGCCCGGUCCUUGCACCCAUUCUCGCCCUCGCACCCCGCCGCCAUCUCCAUCAUGCAGUCCCGGGAAGAAGCUCCGCGCUCUCGCCGCCUGGCCAGUCCCCGCGGCGGGAGGAGGCCCAAGAGGAUUUCCAAGCCUUCAGUUUCGGCUUUUUUCACGGGCCCGGAGGAGCUGAAGGACACGGCUCAUUCUGCAGCUCUGCUGGCACAGCUGAAGUCUUUCUACGACGCGCGGCUGUUAUGUGAUGUGACCAUCGAGGUGGUGACACCUGGCAGCGGGCCUGGCACCGGCCGCCUUUUUUCCUGCAACCGUAACGUGCUGGCUGCCGCGUGUCCCUACUUCAAGAGCAUGUUCACUGGUGGCAUGUACGAGAGCCAGCAGGCGAGUGUGACCAUGCAUGAUGUGGAUGCCGAGUCCUUCGAGGUGCUGGUCGACUACUGCUACACAGGUCGUGUAUCGCUAAGUGAGGCCAACGUGCAACGCCUUUAUGCGGCCUCUGACAUGUUGCAGCUCGAGUACGUGCGGGAAGCUUGUGCCUCCUUCCUAGCCCGCCGCCUUGACCUGGCCAACUGCACUGCCAUCCUCAAGUUCGCUGAUGCCUUCGACCAUCACAAGCUGCGAUCACAGGCCCAGUCCUUCAUCGCCCACAACUUCAAGCAGCUCAGCCGGAUGGGUUCAGUUCGGGAGGAGAGUCUGGCAGACCUGAGCUUGGCCCAGCUGUUGGCCGUGCUGCGUCUGGAUAGUCUAGACAUAGAGAUGUGAGGGACAGUGUGUCAUGUAGCGAUGCAGUGGUUAGAGGACGGCUCACCAGGAGCGCUCCCAAACGCUGCGGAAGUCUUCAAGUGUGUCCGCUGGACACACUUCAGAGAUGAAGAUCAGGAUUACCUGGAAGGGCUGCUGACCAAGCCCAUUGUGAAGAAGUACUGUCUGGACCUUAUCGAAGGGGCCCUGCAGAUGCGAUAUGGUGACAUGUUGUACAAGUCUGUGGUACCAAAGCCAGAGAGCAGCAGCAGCUCUGUUGUAUCUGUAGCAGAAAAUCCACCUCAGAGACUGGGUAUGUGUGCCAAGGAGAUGGUGAUCUUCUUUGGACACCCUAGAGACCCCUUUCUCUGCUAUGACCCAUACUCAGGGGACAUUUACACAAUGCCAUCCCCUUUAACCAGCUUGGCUCACACUAAGACUAUCACCUCCUCAGCUGUCUGUGUCUCUCCAGACCAUGACAUCUACCUGGCUGCCCAGCCCCGGAAAGACCUGUGGGUGUAUAAGCCAGCCCAGAAUAGUUGGCAGCAGCUUGCCGACCGCCUGCUGUGUCGCGAGGGCAUGGAUGUGGCCUACCUCAAUGGCUACAUCUACAUCUUGGGUGGGCGAGACCCGAUUACCGGUGUUAAAUUGAAGGAAGUGGAAUGCUACAGUGUUCAGAGAAACCAGUGGGCACUGGUGGCUCCUGUGCCCCAUUCCUUCUAUUCCUUUGAACUAAUAGUGGUUCAGAACUAUCUUUAUGCUGUGAACAGUAAGCGCAUGCUGUGCUAUGAUCCUAGCCAUAAUAUGUGGCUGAACUGUGCUUCUCUUAAACGUAGUGACUUUCAGGAAGCCUGUGUCUUCAACGACGAGAUCUACUGUAUCUGUGACAUUCCAGUCAUGAAGGUCUAUAACCCAGCCAGGGGAGAAUGGAGGCGGAUUAGUAAUAUUCCCUUGGACUCAGAGACCCACAACUACCAGAUUGUCAAUCAUGGCCAAAAGUUGCUUCUCAUCACUUCUACCACCCCUCAGUGGAAAAAAAACCGGGUGACUGUUUAUGAAUACGAUACCAGGGAAGACCAGUGGAUUAACAUAGGUACCAUGUUAGGUCUUUUGCAGUUUGACUCUGGUUUUAUUUGCCUCUGUGCUCGCGUUUAUCCUUCCUGCCUUGAACCUGGGCAGAGUUUCAUUACUGAGGAAGACGAUGCACGGAGUGAAUCUAGUACUGAAUGGGACUUAGAUGGAUUCAGUGAGCUGGACUCAGAGUCAGGAAGUUCAAGUUCUUUUUCUGACGAUGAAGUCUGGGUGCAGGUAGCACCUCAGCGAAAUGCACAGGAUCAGCAGGGUUCUUUGUAAAUAUUUUGAAUGACUAAGAUGUUUCUACUGCUACGGAAUGUAUCUUUAAAAGAUAUCCUUUCCUUUUCCAAAAAAAAAAAAAAAAUGUUGAUUAGGACUGCAGAUUUGGUUUAGAAGGGUUAUGUUUGAAAUUAUUAAUGUAAUGUUACAAAAUUUUAACAGUCCAGGAGAUCAAACUAUAUAAUAAUUUACUGUGCUAAAAGUUGAGAUUAAAAUAUGCAAAAAACAAACUAUAUAAUUGAUUAGAAUGGUUGGUGGUUUUUUUCAUUGUUUGAGUAUUUGUUGCACCAGUGGAUUGUUUUGGUUAGUUACACUGUUUA